GCACGUGACUGAAGAGGCAGUUGGCGGUGUGUGCUCGAUAAACAUGGCGUCUAGCUCGGGGUCUGUCGCUUUGGCUGAGAAGCUGCAGGGUCUGAAUGGGCUCUUUGCUAUCCACAAAAAGAAAGGCCCUACUUCAGCAGAUGUACUGAAUCUUCUGAAAACUAGGCUUUUAAAAGAGGCUGGCAUCAAGCAACAUCCAAUGAAAAGAAAGAAACAGGUUUUAAAGUUGGGACAUGGAGGAACUCUCGACAGUGCAGCAUCAGGAGUGCUUGUGGUUGGAAUUGGCAAAGGGACCAAAAUGCUUAGUGGAAUGUUGUCCUGCUCCAAGAAAUAUACAACAAUUGGGGAAUUUGGAAAGGCCACAGACACGUUUGAUGCUCUAGGGACAGUGACAGAAGUGCAAUCAUAUGAUCACAUAACAAAGGAUGAUCUGGAAAGUACUCUGAAGAAAUUUAGAGGAAACAUUAUGCAGACUCCUCCAAUAUAUUCUGCUUUGAAGCAAAACGGGCAACGGCUUUCCUGUUUGGUAAAGAAAGGAGAAGCUGUGGAAGCUAAACCUGCCAGACCUGUUGUGGUUUUUAGCCUUUCUGUACAGGAUUACAAUCCUCCUCUUUUUACUCUGAAUGUUGAAUGUGGUGGUGGGUUUUAUGUCCGCAGUUUGGUUAAUGACCUUGGCAAAGAACUUUCUUCAUGUGCCCAUGUAAAGGAGUUGAUCAGAACCAAACAGGGUCCUUUUACACUGGAUGAACAUGCACUUCAAGAGGAGAAAUGGACAAUAGUUGAAAUAGUAAAAGCUGUAGAGUCCGGCGUGCAAUUAAUUCCAUCCGAAGUGGCAUGCAAGAAAUUGAAGAUAGAUUCUCAGGACAACAGUGAACAAGUGAAAGAAGCUACUUGAUAUUGAGUUACAUUUCUUGUUGAAAAAGCAAAUUCCAUCUAGAAGAACAAGAUCAGCAGAUACGUGACAGUAUCUUCACCUCAAGCUCCCCUCCAAGUCAGUCACCUUGCUGAUUUGGAAAUACAUCACCAUUCCUACAUUGUGACUGGGUUAAAAUCCUGGAAACCAACCCCUCCACCACCACCCCCCCCACCCCCCCUCUCCCUCAAAGUAUAUGGACUCCAGUGAUUCACGAAGACAGCUCAGUACCAUCUUAAGGGAAAUUAGAGAUGGGCAGUAAGUGCUGCCACAUCCCACAAAUGAAUUAAAACAAAUUGUACCCCAUUUUUAAAAAAAUGUUUAUUGAUUCUAUUUUGUCCCUGCCUAAAUGUUCAGAAUCUUGCUUCUCAAGAUCUAAACUAAUUGUUUGCUCCAAUCAUCUCACCUGACAGUAAAAUUUUGUUUUCGUGUGCAUUGGAAAUCUUUAUUAUAAAGUGUAAUAUAAAUGCUUGCUAUUGUCAUGUUAGUUAUUGUCUGAAAGAGGAUGUGUCUUUUUUUUUUAGAAACUUUGCUCAAUCCCUAACUAUAAAAAAUUUUGCUCAAAUAUAUGGUUUCACCCUCUGAGCUUAGCUUUAUGUUCCCUUCCAACUGGGUAUAUUGUUUUGGCAUAUUUCGCUUCAGUCGAGUUACAGCUUUAAAGUACAUAGAAAAAGGAACUUACCAUUGUUUAUGAUUUAUCAACAUGAUUCAACAUAUCCAGCAGUCAAGCUCAUCUGAGAAUAUGCAGCUAGAUUUAUUAUUUUAGUAAUCAUAUUAAAUUACAAUUUACAAAUAUGCUUUGGUUGCUUUAUUCUGAAAUACAUCAACUAUAUUAAUGUUUUGGAAAUUCCAGGAAAAUUGUGAAAAUGACCAAGAUUCCUACUGUCUCUAGGAUGCAAAGAAUAGAAUGCCAUACCUUGUUCAGUGCUUUGUAAUUUGUUUGAAGCCAGACUGAGCAACGCUUCCAGUUUUGUAAUGCAUGAUAUCGAAUGAUUCCCAAUAAAAUUGCAUCAAGAAUUAUG